CAACACAGCCAGCCAGUCAGUUGUUCUUUGUCCCCGGUACGAGUUAGAUCGCUUUAUUAUUUGCUCGCGCCAAUAUAAUCGACUUACACCCCGAGCAAGUGCGCCCCUUUACCAUUAUUGCUGAGAGCGCGAGUAACUGUCUGAGUCGCGCUGCGUCGACGUCUUUAUCGCCAAAGAAAUCAAUCGCGCCCGGUUCGUUCGUUGUCUUCUGAUAGCGCGCAAAUACUGGCUGUGCAAGGGAAUUUCUGUACAUGGAACAGACGGAGUGAAUCGAUCGAGAUUGGGGGUUGUGAAGGGGGAGCAGAGAUUGGUAGUAUACUAAUCUUCGUUCAGGACAGGCGACGACGUUCGUCUUCAUUUGUUCACUGGACGGCGGUCAGAGUGGACGUUGUCGGAGUUUUUUCCGGGUUCGGGUUCUGGUUGUGCGGUGUUCGAUGAAAACUGUCCUGUUGAGUUGAGUUCUUGUGGUGCUUGCCCUAGAAUGAAGUAACGUGAAUACGUGGUGAUAAGUGAUUCAUAAACUGCUUUGAGGUAUCCAGGCGAGGAACCUCGAUAAUACUCGAGUGAGAAAAAGUGCUGUGCGAGAAGAAAAAAAGUCAUCAAAGGUACAAAGUUCAAGUGCGAGUGCGGCGAGUGUGUCAUUAAAAGAGCGAGAGACAACCAUGGAUAUUCUACAGCAGGAGGUGCGGGGAGGGAUAGCGUUGUCAACGCUUAGCUCCAGCGACCAGCAUGCUCCGGUGUACAACUCAACCACGGUUCCGUUGAAUCGGAAAGAUUCUCGCCACUUGGAUAAUGUGCUGUUGAACAAUACCGGACACGGUAAUAAUCAUAAUAACAACAACAACGGCGGAGCCCACUACCAGUCGCACAACGAUAUCGAGGCGCACCAUAUUAGGCCGUUCCAGAAUUUGCCCCCGUGCGAACCGGUGGACAUUCAGUUCAAGGAUGUUUCCUACUGUGUCAGUAUGGGAUUUAGAAAAGGUCAAAAGGAAAUCCUGCACAAAGUGAACGGGAAAUUCCCCGGAUCACAGCUCAUUGCCAUCAUGGGCCCAUCGGGUGCCGGCAAGUCCACACUAUUGGAUGUCCUAUCCGGUUACCGAAGGACCGGAGUCGAGGGAGCGGUGUACGUGAACGGGCGAAUUAGGAAUUUGAAUAGCUUCCGGCGGAUGACCUGCUACAUUACGCAACAGGAUCAGCUGCAGACGCUGCUGACGGUGCUGGAGAAUAUGCGCAUUGCGGCGGACUUGAAACUCGGUCCAGAGUCGUCCAAGCACGAGAAGGAGUCUAUUAUCGAAGAUAUUCUAACAGUGCUAGGCUUAUAUGAACACCAGCACACCAUCACUAGUAGAUUAUCGGGUGGUCAGAAGAAGCGCCUCUCGAUAGCCCUCGAACUGAUCAACAAUCCGACGAUCAUGUUCUUGGACGAACCCACCACUGGUCUUGAUAGCUACUCCUGCAACCAAGUGGUGGAUUUGUUGAAGCAGUUGGCCAAGCAAGGUCGCACCAUCAUUUGCACCAUCCACCAACCUUCGGCCAAGUUGUUUUCGGAGUUCGACCAGGUGUACGUGCUGUCGAGUGGUGAAUGUAUGUACCAGGGGUGCACCACCAAUCUGGUGCCGUUCCUUCAGUCCGUGGACAUGCCCUGUCCGGUGUAUCACAAUCCCGCUGAUUAUGUGAUCGAAUUGGCUUGCGGGGAACACGGUGCGGAUAAGAUUCAAACCAUGGUGACCGAGAUGGGCAACGGCGAGAGUACGGAUUGGUUCGGUGACACACGGAAGGUGCUAAGGCUGGAACAGCUACGGAAAAAGUACCCCCUGAAAAAGGUGAUCGAACAGCACGAGGAUCUAACGGCAACCUCCCAGUGGCACCAGUUGGAAGUGCUGAUCAAGAGGGGGAUCAUCAAAGCGAAACGGGAUGCCACGUUGACACAUCUGCGAAUUGGGGUUAACAUCAUUAUCGCUCUGAUGCUUGGGUUCUUGUUUGUGGAUGCCGGAAAUGAAGGUUCACGAGUGCUGGACAACUACAAUCUGCUGUUCUCGAUCCUGAUGCACCACAUGAUGGCAACGAUGAUGUUGACGGUAUUAACGUUCCCCACCGAGAUGGGAGUCAUUCUGAAGGAGCAUUUCAACCGGUGGUACUCGCUCAAAAGCUAUUAUCUGUCUGUGAAUUUGAUUGACCUACCUCUUUCGUUUGGUUGCUGCCUGAUGUUUACUUGUAUCAUCUACUUUAUGAGUGGGCAACCGAUGGAGUAUUUCCGAUUCGGAAUGUUCUUUACGAUCAGUUUCCUCAUCGUGCUCAUAGCGCAGAGCAUCGGACUUGCAAUUGGUGCCUGGUUUAAUGUGGUGAACGGUACGUUCCUUGGCCCCGUUUUGUCUAUCCCGAUGAUGAUGUUCGCCGGCUUCGGUGUGACGCUGCGCGAUCUGCCCAGCUACCUCAAGUGGGGCUCGCACAUUUCCUAUCUGCGGUACGGCUUGGAGGGCUACGUCAACGCCAUCUACGGUGAGAACCGGGCGACGCUGGACUGCGAGCUGAAACCGUACUGCCACUAUAGGUACCCGGCCAAGUUCCUCUCGGAGAUCUCGAUGGAGGGGGAUCAGUUCUGGAAAGACGUCUACGCCCUGACCGGAACACUGGUUCUGGUUCGACUGCUGUGCUACUUUGCCCUCCGGUGGAAGGUGAUUGCCGUGCGGUAGAGAUGACACCAGGGAAGACUUUUACCCAUAGAUAAUUGACGAAUUUUAAAGAAGCAUGAUUAGAACGGAGUGAAAACAAAAAUGCGGGAAGGGGGAUUUGUGCCAAAAAACUAUUACCAAAAUUGCCAAAAUUAGACAGGAGAAAUGCACAAAGCGGUUCACUUGUAUUGUGUAGUGUACAUAGGUAACGAUAUCGAUUCCAGAUAGUGCUAGUGAUAUUUAUUUGAAUAAGGAGCUUUUUUUUACCAAUGAUUGUAUAUUUUCCCAUGUUCAUAAUGCGAUAUUUUGAUGUUGCGAUAUACAUAUUGAAUUAAAUUCCGUAUACAAUUUA